AUGGCCGCACAAGCUCGGCUGGGCGGCACCUCCAAAGGCAGUUCUUUAGAGGAAGCCAAGGCUCGUGCUGCCAGCCGCACCGCCAGCCGUGCGGCCGCGGAGGCGGAAGGUGCGCGAGCUGCAGGGCAGCUGGCGGCACGAGCCAAAGGACCCCUGCCGCAGAGCGCGGCAGAUCUGCAGACAGAAACCACAGGUCACUUGUUGGCCACUCUGCAGAUGAAGCUCAAGGAGCUAGAUGAUGAGGUGAAGGACGACGAGAGAGGUGCCGAGGAGUUGCGCCGACAUCUGAAGCGAUUGCAGCAGGAGCACGCCGAAAUUAAGAAGGCCAGAGACCGGGCGGCGGCGCUGGUCGAAGGCUACGAGGCCGGCUCCAUGACCUUUGACAAGGAGUACAGCAAGCUGAUGGACAGCUCGGAUGAGACGUACAAGAUGGUGCGGACCAAGCACAAGGAGGCCAUUGGCAUUCUGGAAAAGGAGGACACCUUUGCGUACCACCCUGCCUACAAGAGGCCAACUGACAAGUUUGAAGCAGCGUAUUUCACCCCGACGCCUCUCAAGAAGGCCGAGGAGAAGAAGAGCCCUGCGCAGAUCAAGCUGGAGCGAAUGCGAAAGCAAGGAACACUCUCGCAGGUCGGCUCCAAUGCCGUGGGCGCAGCAUCCUCCAGUGUCCGCCCG